UAUCAAUCGAGGAAACCUUUUUGUAUUAAUUAAAUGGAGCUUCUGCGGUGUUGCCCUGUUUUAGAUUUCAUGACUCAAAUGCUUUAGAUAAUCAUGAUGGAAAUUAUUUCCACUUUAUUUUUUCCUAUUAUUGUUGUAGUCCUGGCAAGAGUCAUUUCACUUCAGCCUACGAGUGUCUAUUCGUGUGCUUGUGGGAUGGUUUAGUAAUUAACACGUUUAUGUCUCCACCUGUGGGAUCCUGUCUCGUCUUUGCUGCAUUUACUUUUGAAGAGUUUAAAGGCAGCUUCUUCCUCUCCAGCUUGUCUAGAGGUGCAUCUGCCAUUGCCACUCUUUCAUCACACUGUUCUGCCCGCAAUGGAGAAGGUAUCCGUUUAUCAUGGGAACAUAAGCCGUGAGAUGGGCGAGAAGCUCCUGAGUGAUGCCGGGAAAGAUGGGAGUUACUUGCUACGGGAUAGCGAGACCAUGCCGGGAAUGUAUUGCCUCUGUGUUCUGCACAAAAAUUUGGUCUAUACAUACAGAGUUCAUCAGACAUCAACUGGUUCCUGGACUGCUGAGGCUGCACCUGGCGUUACAAGAAGGCUGUUCCGGAAGGUGCAAAAUUUGAUUUCUGCAUAUGAAAAACCAAACCAGGGAAUUGCAACACAUCUGCAGCACCCAGUGGAGAGGACGGUGACAAAAAUUGUUUAAGGGUGAUUAAUGGAUGGAUGCUUAAACAAAUGAGUCAUUUGCAGAUCAAUUCAUUCGACGCUGCCUUGAAGAGAGAGAGAAACGGAUGUGUAAUAUUUACAAAUGUUUAAACCUGUAAAUGCCAAAGAUGAAAUCUUCAGUCUUAUAUUUUCUUAUUUAGGCUCCGAGUUAAAUUUUAACAGAACGAAAAAGGCUUAGAAUUGGCCAAAGUCCCAAAAUGUAAAAAAAAUAAAAAAGUGGGGUUUAGGAUAUAUUCUUGCUAUUUUACCUUUUAAAAUGAUAAAGGAAAUAUAUGCUCUGUGGCUCUCCAAAGUAGGCACCUUAACCUUAAAGGAAAACUAUACCCCCCAAACAAUGUAGGUCUCUAUAAAAAGAUAUUGCAUAAAACAGCUCAUAUGUAAAAUCCUGCUUCAUGUAAAUAAACCAUUUUCAUAAUAA